AUGGAUACAUAAAAUGGAGACAUCGUGGAUUACCCAAAUUGGGACGACGAUAGGACAUUUCACUUUCUUUCGCAAUAUUUCUGAUCAUGACUCAACCACUAGGAAAGGGGAUUGCUUACUCUCAGCCACGUUUUCGCUUAUGCUUAGUCAAGUGAGGAUUCCAUUCGAAGUAACGUAACAGGAGCACCAUCUUCAAAACUUCUCGGGAUCCGGAGUUUUUCGAUAAAAGGUCCCAUCCUUCAAUAUCAUGAUUGGGUCAACCAGGCCAGAUCAUAAGUGAAAUAGUUUGAUCGGGUCGACCAGGUCAGGCCCGAUCAUGAGUGAAUAGAAAAUCGAAAACGUACAUAGCUGUUCCAGCGGAAAUACUUUGUUUAAUUCUACCACUUCUACUAGGAGUAGCCUUUUUAGUGCUAGCUGAACGUAAAGUAAUGGCUUUUGUGCAACGUCGAAAGGGUCCUGAUGUAGUGGGAUCGUUCGGAUUGUUACAACCUCUAGCAGAUGGUUUGAAAUUGAUUCUAAAAGAACCUAUUUCACCAAGUAGUGCUAAUUUCUCCCUUUUUAGAAUGGCUCCAGUGGCUACAUUUAUGUUAAGUCUGGUCGCUUGGGCCGUUGUACCUUUUGAUUAUGGUAUGGUAUUGUCAGAUCCGAACAUAGGGCUACUUUAUUUGUUUGCCAUAUCUUCGCUAGGUGUUUAUGGAAUAAUUAUAGCAGGUUGGUCUAGUAAGACGGGGGGCGGACGUUCGGUCGCCUAUGAUAUACGGACCAAUUGGUCAAAAAUGGGUUUGUGCCGCAGGUGUUGA